AUGCGACGCACGGGCGCGCGCGGCCACGUGAGCUCGUGCACGGGCACGGGAUGGCGCGGGCGCACGGUGACCGCGGGGACAGAGAAGGAAGAGGCCUGGGGCCUCACCGUGAUUCGUAGGGACGGGGGCAGCGGGGGUCGGGUGGUCGACGGGGACGACGACGGAGAGCAAGCAGGCCGGUGGGGAGGAGGAGGCAGGCCGGCGAUGGCGUCGGCGAGCGGGCGUCCAGCGCUCCAGAUCGGGGCAGGAGGGAGGAGCUGCGAGGAGGAGACGAGGCAGUCCGGUGGGGAGGCGGCGCCGGCGUGUUGGCGUCGAACGACGGCGGGGAGCGGGGCGACGGGCGCGACAGGGUCGGGGCACAGCGAGCGCAGGGGGGCGCCGCCCCCGAUCCAGAACGUGGGGGGAGGAGGAGCGAGGGGAGUGGGGAUCAGGGGGUGCGGGGGUUAG